CAGCUGAUGGCAGUAAUGUAACGUUAAUAUUGGAUGCCAACCGGAAUUAAACCUACUGAAGACGUAGUCUCCCGAAAAGCCAAACAAAAAAAGUGAACGGAAGUGAACAAUCAUUUCAAAGUUAGCAUUUUAUUGUUGUAUUUAGACGUUUAUUAACACCCUAGAACUCAACAUAUGACUCAUUUAACGGCACAUCAUCACAAACUUACCCCAGGUAGUGUUUAAUUCGCGUUGGAAACAGGACAUACAUUAUAGGUUUUAUAUAAGUAACGCUAGCUAGCUGUUAACGUUAGCUAAUAAUGGCUAACUGUAUGGUUUUUCACACUCAAAUAGCCUCCAUCAUGGAGGUGCUGGCGAAUGCAGCCGUGGCAGACAUUUGUAAACUCGUAGACGACGACUAUGCAGUGUUUCGUUUAGAAAUAACUCAAAGCCAGAAAGAAAACAGGACAUUGCGGAGGAAACUUCAGCUACUGGAACUGAAGGAGGCACGGGAGCGCGCAGAGAGGACAAUGACGCGAGGACGCGUCGUCCCAGGUAGUUCGACUACGAGUAGUGUCAAUAUCCUGGACCGAUACAGAGGAAUGGCAAGAGGUGAAGGAAAUCUCACUGGCCACAGGAUCUCUGUGAAGCCAGCAGGACACAAUACAUGGAGAGAUGACCAACCAAUCACUAUUGGUGAGGGGAGUGGACCCUCAACCCAGCACAUUAUCAUGAUAGAGUCUGCAGAUGCAGAGGCUGAUGGCCCUGAGGUCAAGCUGGAGAGGUCUGAAGGAGAGGUGGACCCACAGCACAGCAGAGACAUCCAGACUGGAGUGCCCCCUGUAGCCAUGGAUGACCCAACCACUGCCCCAGUGCAACCCAGGACCCGACGCAGCAGCACGGAGAUCAGUGGAACGCCGACCGCUGAGGAGGGUCCAGAGGUGCUGCUGGUGAAGGAGGAGGGGUGUGAAGAGAGUCUGGGCAACCCUGAGGGGACCAUGGUCAUGGAGGACAACCAGACUAUACCUCCUCCUGAACCCACAGAGGAACCAGCUGAGCAGCACAGGACCACACACAGUCUCACUGAGCCAGUAGACAUGGAGGAUGGGAAGCCUGAUCUGCUGCUGGUCAAAGAGGAGACAAUAGAAGACGAACCAGAGAGCAUUGACCUGCUGAGUGGACUAAAGAUGGGGGAGCAAGGUGGUUGGCUAGAGGAUGACAGAGGAGACUGGGCAGCCAUCUUGGAUUCACAGACCCAGACGGAUGCAGCUAAGGGCCCGCGGGACAACAUAGUGGAGGUCAGUGGAUGGGACAGCGUCCUCAACUCUGGGCUGGGGAACAACACUGUUAACCAGAAACAGACAGUCGAACACAAAACCACGUCUGAAUUUAGUCUCCAUGACAACAGACUGGCUGAGACCAGGGUGAGGCGUAGAUUUGGUCUGCAGGGACGGGGAGGUGUCCCUAUGCGGCAGGAGAAAACAGACACAGAUGCGGCUAGCGAUGCUCCGUCCUGCUCCUAUAAUUGUGAUUCAGAGAGACUGAUGGCGCCUCAGGUUAACCCCCUAACAGGUGCUGCCUUCAGCCUGCCUUCUAUAGGAUCUAUCAACUGGAACAUGGACCCUGCGACAACACAGACAGUCCCUGGCCUUCAUCCUCCUCACACUCUCCUAAUGUUAAACCAGAACUCAGAUAAUGCCAGUGCCUCAACACUAAAUGGCUACACAAGCCCAUUGACAAAUGACAGUAGUAGUGACGCUGUCAGUAGAUCCGGUGGCAAGGAGAAGCGGUUUUCGUAUUCAUUUUGUGGGAAAGCCUUCAAUUUCCCCAAACAGGUGCAGCUCGACCAGAGGAUGCACACGGGGGAGAAAUCAUUUGGCUGCCACCUGUGCCAUGCCAGUUUCUCCCGCUCGUUCAACCUGAAGAGGCACCAGAGGGUCCACACAGGGGAGAAAACCUACAGCUGUCCCCAGUGUGAGAAGCGGUUUUCCCACCAGCACCACCUGAAGCGGCACCAGAGGGUCCACACAGGGGAGAAAUCCUACAGCUGCCAGUGUGAGAAGAGGUUCUCCCACCAGUACCAUCUGAAGAUGCAUCUUAAGGUCUAUACGGGAGUGUUUGCCUAUACUCACUGCAGGAAGAGGUUCUCAGAGAGGAGCUACCUCAGGAUGCACCAGCAGAAAAUGCACACGGCCCAUGUAUAGAGUAUAGUGACAUGUAGUACUAGUUUGUUUGUAGUUAAUUAUGUUGGUUUUGGAUGUAUUAGGGAACUGGAUGAGGUGAACUGAGGAAAGAAUGAGUAUGGUGACAUAAACCCCACUGAUCUCAUGAGCCUUAUUAAUACAUACCCCAGUUCUUACUCCUAGUCCCCUCCUGACCUCAUCACUAACUGCAAUGACUGCCUUUUUCCCUGGAUACCCUCGCUCCCCUCAAAACCCACUCAGUCUCCUUCACCCACACUGCUUUAUGGUACACCCCCGAGCUACGCCAGUUAAAAGCCAGUGGACUGCAAGGGGACUGGUCUAGUAGUUAAUUCUCAAACAUACAAAGAUCACCUGUUAAAAUAUGAGAACGCCCUCUCAGCUGCAAGAACAUUUUACCACUCCGACAUCAACUCUGUUUAAAAACAACCCAAAAGUUAUCUUCUCCACAGUGAACCGCCUACUUCAGUCUCCUGACAACUUCCCUGCAGACUCCUCCCCCAAACAGUGCAACAAGUUCCUGAAAAUCCAUGACAUUCACCAACACCUACUUACAAUGCCCAGUACAACCUCAGCAUCCACAUAGAUAGUUUUUACGGUCCCUCUGUCAACACAAGUCAAAAGCCUUGGGGUCACUUUGGACCGAAACCCUCAUCCAUGCCCUCGUCACUUCCCGUUUUGACUAUUGCAACACUCUCCCUCCCAAACUCACCAACAGACUUCAACUGGUCCAGAACUCUGCUGCCAGAAUCCUCACCCAGAUCAACCGAUCACAUUAUACCAAUCCUCAUCAAUCUACACUGGCUCCCUGUGCAAUCCCGUGUUAACUUCUAAGGUACUCCUCCUCAUCUACAAAGCCCCCCACAACCUGGCACCCACCUACCUCUCUGACCUUCACCCAGCACGUGCCCCCUCUGCUCCUCCUCUUUACAUGUCACCCCCCCAUUCACAGGUCAAAUAGAGGGUGCUUAUAUUUGUCCUGUUUCACUGCAUGUAUUAGUGGUUAACCAGUGUGAGAUGUGAAAUGGAAAUGUGUGUUUUUUUUAAAUUUCCCAACGCCCUCAGACACCCUGGGAGAGUGUCAUGGGCAGGGAUCAGCCAUUAUUGACGGCGAUACUGGAGCAACUAGGGUACAUUGACAGAUGUUUUAUCUAGUCUGCUGAAGGAUUGGAACCAGCAACAUUUUUGGUAACCAGCCCAAUUCUCUUAACCGCUAGGCUACCUGCCGCCUCUCCACCAUAGUUGCCUGAACCUUCAACUGCUCUGCACCAGGCUCUGGAAUGCACACACCCCAAACAUACAACAUGCAGACUCAGUCAUCUCAUUCAAAAACAUCCUAAAAACACACCUCUUCAAGGAUGCCUAUAACCUAUAGCCUAUCAUUGACUCUGUCCUACCUAACCCCCCUCCCCCACCCCCGUGUCUUCUCAGUAUACCUACAGUGCCUUCAGAAAGUAUUCAGUUCACACCACUUGAUUUUUUCCACAUGUUGUUGUGUUACAGGAUUAAAUAGAAC